GUGAGUGAGUGACAGCCAGCGUCAGCAGCAGAGAGGAGGAAGAGGGAGCGCAGCAGGAAACUGACGUGCAGACAUGGACCUGCGCUCCGAACUGCUCAAGUCCAUCUGGUACGGAUUCACCGCCCUGGACCUGGAGAAGAGCGGGAAGGUGUCCAAGUCACAGCUGAAGGUGCUGUCCCACAACCUGUGCACGGUGCUGAACAUCCCUCAUGACCCAGUGGCUUUAGAGGAACAUUUCAGAGACGACGACGACGGCCCGGUGUCCAGUCAGGGCUACAUGCCUUAUCUCAACAAAUACAUCCUGGACAAGGUGGUGGAAGGUUCUUUCAACAAGGAGAGUGUGGACGAGCUCUGCUGGACCCUGACGGCAAAGAAGAACUACCUGCCAGACAGGAGCAGCAGCAGCAUCCUUCCCGAGAGAGAUGCCUUCCGACUCUGGUGCCUUUUCAACUUCUUGUCUGAGGACAAGUACCCCCUGGUCAUGGUCCCUGAUGAGGUGGUCUACCUCCUGAAGAAGAUCUGCACUGCCAUGAGCGUGGAGUUCAACUGUGGAGAGGUGGAGGACUUCUUGAGCCAGGAUUGUGUGCAGCAGAGCGGCAUCACGGUCUGGGCUUUCCUGGACAUGAUGAACUCCGGGAAGAUCUUCAGAGGCGUGGACAAAAGCAUCAUCAGCAUGGCAGUGGAGGAAGUCUACAGAGAAGUCGUGGGUGAUGUCCUCAAAGAGGGCUACAUGUGGAAAAAAGGUCAGCUGAGGAGAAACUGGAAGGAACGCUGGUUCACUCUGAGGCCGAGCAACUUUUCCUACUACACCAGUGAGGACCGCCGGGACUGUCAGGGGAACAUCGGUCUGGAUGGGAACUGUUGUGUGGAGGUGCUGCCAGAUCGUGACGGGAAGAGGUGCAUGUUCUGCCUGAAGACCUUAUCCAAGACGUAUGAGAUGAGCGCGUCUGACACCAAGCAGAGGCAGGAGUGGACGACAGCCAUUCAAACAGCCAUCAGGCUCCAGGUUGAAGGGAAGUCAUCGCUCCACAAAGAUCUGAAGCUGAAGCGCCGUGAACAGCGAGAGCAGCGUGAGAAGAGGAGGCAAGCCAAGGAGGAGGAGCUACUGAGGCUCCGGGCUCUGCAGGAGGAGCGCGAACAUAAGCUGGCCGAGCUGGAGCUGCUGAAGGAGGCGCAGAAGCAGGCCCAGGCUCUCCUGGAGCAGGACGAGCAGCGAAGGCGGGAGCAGCACGAACAUCUCCAGCAAGCUCUGGAGGUGCAGCUGCGUGAGGCAGAGCAGGCGCGGGUCAGCAUGCAGGCAGAGAUUGCUCUGAAGGAGGAGGAAGCAGAGAAGCAGAGAAAGAGAAUCCACGAGUUGGAGGAGAUGCAGAGGCGUUUGGAGGAGGCACUGCAACAGGAGAUCAAAGCCAGGCUGGACGAGGAGGCCUUUCGCUACGCUCAGGCCGGGCUGCUGGCAGAGGAGGAGGAGAAGAUGAAGGCCCUCAUGGGCCUGCAGGAGGAGCAGGAAGAGUACAUCCUGAAGACUCAGCGGGAGAAGCAGGAGCUGAAACAGGAAAUGGAGGCCAAGUCCCAGGCUCUGGAGGAGGCACAGAGAGAGCUGGAGGAGGUGCGGGCCAACCGCCACAAAGUGGACCAGGACGUCGUGGCGGCUCAGAGGAAGCUCCGCCAGGCCAGCACCAACGUCAAGCACUGGAACGUUCAAAUGAACCGUCUAAUGCGACCCAUUGGACCCGGAGAGAAACGGCCGUCCGUGGGAAGCAGCUUCUCAUCCUUCCAGAUCCCGACCCAGCGAGACCCGGGUCUGCGCCUCAGACGGAGAUCCGACUCUGAGGAGCGCGACGACGAGAGCAAAGAGAACAUUGACUCCAGAGAAGAGAAGCCACACUCUGGACCGGCAAACGGGGACGUGGACAUCCCAUAAUAAUGUGCUGCGCUGCAGCCCAUGGUUCAGGCGUUAUUAAAAAGAUCUCACAGUCAUCUGUGCCCUCUCUGCUU